AUGGCUGCCCAACCAACGAUUAGUAGGUUUUUUAAGCCAGUAAGCAAGUCUAGGGAUAUUCAGAAGCCCUCAAGGUUGGACAAGACGGAUGAGAGCAACGAUGGAAGCGUAGAGACGAUUGAGAUAGAUGCCUCACCAAAAAUGGGGUCUUCGGAAGUGACUCCAUUUGAAUCAGAGGCCGACACUGAAGUGAUGCCCAUAGGUAAGAGGUUUGCAGAGACUUGCGAAUGGUCGGGAAUGAGUGAUGGCAAGAGAAGGAAGUCGAAUCUUAUUAAUGACAGUGGGAUCAAAAUGGCUAAGAAGAGAAUAACCUCAGACAAAUUAACUCCUUUGGACCAGCAAGUGAAGGACCUAAAGGAAGCCAACAUGGAUAAACUCUUGGUUGUUAGAGUGGGCUACAAAUACAAAUGUUUCGCGCAGGAUGCUAUUAUUGCCAGUCAAGUGCUACAGAUCAAACUUAUAGCGGGUAAAUUGACAUUCGAUGGGUCGAGUAGUCAAGAUUUUGAUCACAAGCAAUUUGCAUACUGCUCUUUCCCCGAAAAUCGUCUUCAUGUGCAUCUCGAGAGGCUAGUUCGUCGAGAUCUUAAAGUUGGGGUAGUGGAACAAUCAGAGACAAGUGCCAUAAAGAAAUACUCUAAGGAUGCCAACAAGAGUGGCGUGUUUGUGCGUGAGGUAACCAAUACAUUUACAAAAGCAACUUACGGGAUCAACAAUACUUUCUCGUCAGAUUCUAGACGCAUACUCGGAGACACUUGCAGCAUUUGGAGUCUACUUUUGAAGAAAGUCAACAACAAAUAUCGUUUCAGGCUGCUGUCAGUUUCGUUGAAUAGUGGAGAAAUUAUACACGACGACUUCGAAGACUCUGAAUAUAGUACAGAAAAGCUUGAAAUACGAGCAAGAUACUUGGAACCAAAGGAGCUUGUUAUCGGUGAGAAUUUACCGUUGCAUCUAGAGCGCCUCUUUAACCAGCGGGACUGCAUUAUUCACAAGGCGGAAAUUACGAGAGAACCACAACCGCAAACCCACGAUACCUUGAAAAAGGCAGGUGUCUCACCAGAGUAUGCUGAUGCCUUCGAGCUUUUAUUCAAUUAUUUGAAAGAUUAUGGGAACGAGCAAAUCUUACUCAUUUACUCUGCGUAUCAGCCUUUUGCUUCAAAAGCCUACAUGCUGCUCAAUUCCAAUACUUUAGAAAGUCUCGAUAUUUUUACAAAUGAUGGUGGCAAAGGCUCUCUCUUCUGGCUGCUUGAUCACACAAGAACAUCGUUUGGUUCAAGGAUUUUGAAGGAAUGGGUGCUUCGACCGCUAUUAAAUCAAUCUGAAAUCGAAGAACGACUCGAUGCAGUUGAAUGCAUUAAAAAGGAAAUCAAUAACGUGUUUUUCGAAGCUCUCAAUCAAAUGCUUAAGAAUACCACAGACCUUCUCCGCACUCUUAAUCGUAUAGCAUAUGGUAACACGUCCAGGAAAGAAGUGUAUGCCUUUUUGAAACAGAUAAAUCAACUGGAACAUCAUUUUGAAAUUCAUUCAAAAUAUUUGAGUCAGCAGGUUGUUGCCCAGAGUGGACAAAUCAAACAGAACUCUAGCCUGCUAACCAGAAUUUUAAGCGAAAUGAUGACCUUGUCACAAAAAUCAAAAGUAUCCUUACUCUUUUCCAUGAUCAAUGUUUCUGCUGUGAUGGAAAAGGACUCAGAGAAGCAAAUUACUGAGUUUUUUAACUUGAACAAUUAUGAUCAUCCUGAUUCAAUAAUUCAAAGACUUCGUGAAAUUGACAGCGUUCAGGAUGAACUCACCGAGGAGCUCAAUUGCAUACGCAAAACCCUGAAGCGACCUCAUCUGACGUACAAGGACAAUGUAGAUUAUCUGAUAGAGGUCAGAAACACACAGGUCAAGGACAUACCAUCUGACUGGGUCAAAGUCAACAACACGAAGAUGAUAAGCAGAUUUCAUACACCGAAUAUCAUUCAGUUGCUGGAGAAGCUCCAAUAUCAAAAGGACCUAUUGUUGCGCGAUGCAAACACAGAGUACGAGCACUUUCUUUCUCGCAUAGUAGAGGAAUACGGUCCUUUGAGAAAUUUCAUCAACUAUAUUGGAACGUAUGAUUCACUACUGGCUUUAGCAGCAACGUCGUGCAAUAGUAAUUACGUGCGUCCAAAGAUUAGUUCUAGGAAACAGUUUAUCAGGGCAACAAACGCACGUAACCCUGUGAUUGAAUCAUUGGAUGUGCAGUAUGUUCCAAAUAACAUCAACAUGUCUGAGGAAAAUGGCAAAGUGCUCAUUUUAACGGGCCCAAACAUGGGAGGUAAAUCCUCCUACGUUAGACAGGUGGCCUUGCUAGUAAUCCUCGCGCAGAUCGGGUCAUUUGUACCUGCUGACUCUCUUGAACUUGGUCUGUUCGAUAAUGUCUUCACUAGAAUUGGUGCUUUCGACAAUAUAUUGCGAGGCGAGUCCACUUUUAAGGUUGAAAUGUUAGAGAUAUUAAGCAUUCUACAAAAUUGUACCAACAAAUCUUUGCUUCUACUAGACGAGGUUGGCAGAGGAACUGGAACCGAGGAUGGAAAGGCGAUUGCCUCCACAUUAUUAGAGUAUUUUCUAACGGAGAAGGAAUGCCCACUUAUUCUCUUCACCACACACUACACUAUGCUAGGUAUGAUAGAAUCUCCAAUUUUGAGAAAUUACUUCAUGGAUUACGUCGAAGAAAGACGUGAAGGCGAGAACUGGCCAAGUGUUGUACUACUUUACAAAUUAAAACCUGGCAUGACCUCUAAUUCGUACGGUCUAAAUGUUGCGAGGUUGGCCCACAUUGAUAAAGCCAUCAUUAAUCGAGCCUACGAUAUAUCCGAAGAUACGAGAAUGGAAUUUGAACUGAGUCGCGACACCUCAUUGGCGUCGCAAAUGAAAAGUAUCAUGAGCUCAAGCACCAAUUCACCUAAACAGAUGCUGCUUGGAUUGCUUGAACUGCAGGAGGACGAUGAAAAAGUUAGUCAUGAGUGA